AUGAUUAAUUUGACAGCAAAGGAAAAUCCCCUCAGAACAUAUGAAAGAGUCUUCCUGAAUGAAAAACUUCUCUUUGAACAAACGAUAGUUGCCAAAAACAAGCAUCAGAGAGUAAAAGAUAUAUCGACCUUUACAUUUAUCCAUCUGAGCAUACCAUUUAAAAUUUUAAGGAAAGAAAAAAACAAGGUGAAACUGAAGGUGAAUUUAAUUGUUUAA